AUGUCAUCUUUAAUUCCAAGCGAAGAACGGCCGCCUAGUACUCCUGGAAGCGCCGAAACUGGCGAAGGAUUGUUGAUGAACGGCGACAAGCCAACUGGUGUCAGUUUGAAACGAGAUGUAGGCCUCAUCGGUGGUAUAGCUAUUAUAGUUGGUACUAUGAUAGGCAGUGGUAUCUUUGCUUCACCAAGAGGACUGUUAGAAGCUUCAGGAUCGUCAGGAAUGGCACUCAUCAUCUGGGCAAUUUGUGGUGUUCUUGCCGUCUGUGGCGCCAUGGCCUACGCCGAAUUAGGAACAAUGAUCCCGACUUCUGGAGGCGAAUACACUUACAUUCGUGAAGCUUUUGGUUCCUUACCCGCUUUCCUGUACGCAUGGACUGCCUGUAUUGUUAUAAAACCCUCUCAAUUGGCCAUAAUAUGUCUCAUUUUUGGCGAAUAUAUCGUCACUCCUUUCUUUCCCGACUGCACUAUGCGUUCUGAUAUUCAACACAUUAUAAAGCUGUUAGCCGCUUUUGCCAUUGGUAAGUUUAUAUUCUUCCUUCUUUAGCUUAUUUAGUUAGUUUACUAUAUACCUUUAAACCCCCCAAGAUUUUACGAUCUAAAUACAGUACAUAAAAUUGUAUUUGGCUAACUAAUCUUUAAUGUUGUAUUAUAAAGUAUUUUACGCGCGAAAAUAUGGCGCGUUACUACAUUAAACAUAUAUUAUCAUGUGGUUUCUUUGUGAUCACAACAAUAAAAUUGAUUUGAAUAUGACUGGCUUUUACCGGCCCAAUUUCUAGAAUACGGGUGUGCUUUCGUGUGCUUAUCACCGCUAGACAUCAAUAUAAAAAAUAUAUUGUAUUGCAUGCCAUUGCGCUUGUUGAAACGAAUAUGUAAAUACACCUUUGACAAAGCCACAUCAUUUAGAGUUCACGACUGCUCUUAGCAACCAUCAAAUUCUUGUCUCAGAACACGGAACUUCACAAAAAGCCACUUAACCCUAACUGUCUGACCCAAUAAAAUAUUUCUCUCAACACUACAAGGUGUUUCUCGUAUAAAUAUAAAUUAAAAACAACGUAUUUUUGUUUAAUUUUCAACUAGGUGUGUUGACUUCGCAUACAUUUUUCAAGAGUACGUUAUUUCCGUUUAAGUUUGCCCUGGGGAAAUGAAUGAAAUUUAAAUUUUCUUUUGUGUUUUAUUUACAUUCUCUGCAAUAAAGCAAAAACAGGAAGUUCUGGAACUAGGGUUACUUCAUUACAUAUACGGCAUGUUAGCCAAUAUCACUUGGUCGUAUAUAGCCUUAUUCGGAUUGAGAAAUUCGAGUUUCGAAAAUAGUUGCUAGCAAUUGUGAAACUAAUUAAAUAUUGUAUAGAGGGAUAAUUUGUCGUAUGAAUAUCUGAGUCUUGUUGUCUGGUUGACUGAAAAAAACAUAAAAAAUUUUCUUUGGGUAGGGGUGCAUCCACAAAGAAACUUUGUUGAAAAUAUGUGGCAAUUACACUAUUGCAUCAGUCGGUUUUGAUUGGUCAGUUUGUCAGUGCCAACUGAUUGGCUGGCUGGCUCAGUCAUUUGAUUGGUCAGCCAGUCUGCCCAAAGCUUACCGUUUCCAUUGCUGAAAAACUUAACAAGACCUCAAGUGUCGAGAACGUUAAAUUUUCAUGUUUAAAGCAACACAUGUAAUGCUAAUGUUGAUUUAUGAUAAAAUAUUUAGUCAAUGCAGGUGUACUCUACGCAGAUUUUUCCACAUAUUUUUAGAAAAGUGUUGAUUUAGUAGAUUUACAGCAGCUGUACAAUACUUGUGGGUAUUGACAUAUUUGUUCUAUAUUGCUGUCUCUGUGAAAAGAAAGUAUAAUUUUGUUCCAAUUUACAGCAUAGUAAGCCAGCAUGCAAUUUAAAAGGAAACAAGAUAGUCUCCCCCAGGGUUGCUGGCAUAGUAAGCCAGCAUGCAAUUUAAAAGGAAACAAGAUAGUCUCCCCCAGGGUUGCUGGCAUAGUAAGCCAGUAUGCAAUUUAAAAGGAAACAAGAUAGUCUCCCCCAGGGUUGCUGGCAUAGUAAGCCAGCAUGCAAUUUAAAAGGAAACAAGAUAGUCUCCCCCAGGGUUGCUGGCAUAGUAAGCCAGCAUGCAAUUUAAAAGGAAACAAGAUGGUCUCCCCCAGGGUUGCUGGCAUAGUAAGCCAGCAUGCAAUUUAAAAGGAAACAAGAUAGUCUCCCCCAGGGUUGCUGAGAGGUUGCAUGGGGCGCAUGGCAAAACUUUCCCAGGGACCCUAUGACAUCAUUAUUGUAAAAUAGGAGAAGCGGUGUUUUACAAUGUAUUGCACUUUAUUGCAUAUUCUCUUCACUGACACAGCCAGAAUUCAUAUUUUCAUCUGUAAGCAAUCUAUGAAGAAAACUUAAGGGACUUUGUCUCUUUGGGGCCCCCGUUUUAGCUGAGGGGCCUGGGGCAAAGUGCCCCUGUCCCUCUCUCUUGGCGACCCCGGUCUCCCCAGACAGGAAAGGAGAUAGUCUUUCCACCUCAAGGAGUAAUUUAGACCCCAGUCACACAAUGUUGAAACACAUGAAACCUGACUAAUUUGUGCACUCCUGGGGUACUUACUCUUUGUAGUUAAAUAGUGAUUAACUCUCAAAUAGGCACUUCUUAUUGGAUGACAUUUGCACUUAACUGUAGUUAAUUUAACUUUCAUCACUUUUUUAUACAACCGGCCCCUGACUCGCACAUGAACAGGUCUGGAACUGGAUAAAUUUUCAUGUCUGUGUAGCAUGGGUCUUCUUUGGUGUAAUUUCUUUAUUUCUCUUUUCUCUAUAGCUGUGAUCACUGUUGUGAAUUGCUUGAGCGUGAAACUGGCUGCUCGAGUACAAGUGUUCUUUACUGCAGCAAAACUUCUUGCCCUCGCGUUGAUUAUCAUAACUGGCAUUGUCCGACUUUGUCAAGGUACACUUGCAGAUAUUUUAUGACAUUGAACUCCCAAAAUGGCUGAAGGAUAUUUUCCAUUGUAAUUAUUUAGUUCACAUGGAAUAUAUGACCUUCACAGCAGAGAUCAACCUCUGUACAGGCAUGUCCAAAAGCCCCUGAGUAGACUUAGAACUCCAUGCCUUGUAACACAGGGUCAAACAAGCAACUAUCAUUGAGCAUUUCCAGUGUCUGAUACAUAAAUUUACUUGUGUAUUCAUUUUUGUAUAUUAGCCUAGUGCAUGUGUUAACUGCAUCAACAUACUGUCUUCUAGGUUACACCACAGAACUAGAUGGUGCAAACUCAUUUACUGGCACAGCCACCGUUGGUGAAAUUGGAUUAAUUGGACAAGCAUUUUACAAUGGUCUUUGGGCAUACGAUGGCUGGAAUAACUUAAACUACAUCUCAGAAGAAGUACAUAAUCCCAAUAAGUAUGUGAUCAAAUUAUAAAUGAUAUGUUUAUCCACUGAUGUUUAGACUUUUGAUGUAUUUGUGUUUAUACAUUAUUGCAUUUUAAUCUCUAUGUAGAAAUAUCCCAAGAGCUAUCGGUAUUGGUAUUCCGUUGGUGACAAUUGUUUACUUGUUGACCAACAUUGCAUAUUUUGCUGUUUUGUCUAAAGAAGAAAUUAUUGAAGGUGGUGCCGUCGCAGUGGUGAGUGUUGUCUGCUUCAAGGUGGUAUAUAUAGCUGGAUUUCAUGACCAAGCAUUUUUUUACAGCAGAUGGUGGUCAACCUACAGUUAUCAGAGCGAGAAAAUAAUGAUUUUUUUAUAUGUAGUACAGUCUUGUAUUUGGAGGCAAAUAAACAGAAUUGAAGAUGUAGUUGUAUUUUCUUGCUCCUAUAUAAAAACUUCUGACGUCUUGAACACUGUCUGAUGCUGGUCCUGUAACUCUGAAACACACCAACAUACUACAAAGUUAUGUAAUUGGCAAGAACAUAAGUAUUCCUUAAAAUGCUGUGUAAAACUAUUGUAUUGUAAACACUCUAACUGGUUCUUCUAAUUCUCUCUUUCUUAGCUUUUCGCCAACAAAAUGUUUGGUGUGAUGGCUUGGAUUAUUCCUGUCUUUGUCGCUUGUUCAACAUUCGGUGCUGCUAAUGGCUCGGCCUUAUCCAGUGGACGGUACAGCUACACUUGAUUAUAUUUAACAUUCAAUUAGCGAGAGGUUAAAUUUAAUUAUUGUACAAUUUAUAUGUUAAAUUCACUGUGUGUGCAUGUAUUAUUGUAGUGUGUUUUAUGCUGCAUCCAGAAAUGGUGAACUUCCUAAAUUCAUGGCAAUGAUCCACAACUCUCGAUUCACCCCUGUUCCUGGACUUAUUGUUCAAGUGAGUUUUCAUAGAAAUCUACUCUCAACAAAAUUAGCAAAACAAUCGAUAUAUAGCCUUUGGAAGCACUCUGAAGUGAACGAUUACACUUUACUUUUAUUUAACAUAUUACUAUCUUCCUCGCCUAGCAACUUGCUUUUUGCUUAAUUAGCACCUAGCGGUAUUUCCUAAUGAAGUAAUUGAAACAACAACAAAAGCAAUGACAACAAAACAACUACAACAACAACGACUACAACAAUUGCAACAACAACAAAGCUUGUAAUUUCACUAUACACGUUUUUUUUUCUAGAGUUUUAUUGCGUGGCUUAUGUUGAUUCCAGAAUCUUCCAGUUUCAGUACUCUGAUUGAUUACUUCACAUUUGCAUCCUGGGUUUUCUAUGGCGCUACCAUUGCUGGCUUGUUAUACAUGAGAUUCUCCAAACCUAAUGCUGAACGACCUUUCAGAGUUAGUAUUUGUUUGUUCACUGUACUUCCUUCCAAGAUUCAUUCAUUGUCAUAAUCAAAAACAGUCAAAAUAUCUCAGAAACGAUACAGACUUUUUCCCCCAAAGGUCCAGUCGAGGUCAUCCUUGUUGGUCUAGUACGUGUUACCCAGGAGGAGAUGGGAUAAAAGAUGCAUUGUUUUAUUGAAAGUCCAACUUGAAGCACUCUUGUCAAAAGCGACUGAAGUCAGGAAAUUAUAGUCAGAUAACUGCAUAUUGUAGGAAUCAAAUGCCACUCAGAAUAAACAGCGCUGACUAACAUUAUACGAAAAAGAAGACAUAGGAGGAUUUUCUUUUCCAAAUAACUUUUGACAAAUAUUAUUUGAUAUUUUCAGGUAUUUUUGGUUUUCCCCGUGAUCAUUAUCCUUGCUGCACUUUAUUUGAUCAUCGCUCCGUUCUCCCAGAAUCCUCUUCCUUCAUUCUUCUGCCUUUUGUUCAUUUUCUUUGGAGUUCCCGUUUACUUCAUUUUCAUUUAUUACGACUUGAGUCCAAAAUGGUUGGAUAACGGAAUUGGUAAGAUACUGACAUGUUCUCAUUUAUCGCCUGUAGAAUUAAUAAUUGCAUGGUCGUAUUAUAUAUAAAGACGUAAAACAAAAUUAUGUAUCCGAAAUAUACAAGCUCCUUUGAUCGGGGCCAUGAUUUGUCGUGAAUUAUUAACAAAAGCUGCAAUGCAGCACACAGUAUAAUACAAUAAAAUGCAAAUUAUAGUAUAGAAUAGAAUAGACUCGAAUAUCAUUUGUUUUGGUCUAAAAAGACUCUUUCUGACAUUCUGUUUGUAUUUUCAGCACGGUUCACGUUUUGGCUGCAGAAAUUUGGUGAUAUCUCGUACCCGGAGUCCGCUGAAGAUAUCGUCAUUGGCUGA